AUGGCUUUCGCCUCCGUGCUUCUUCCUGCAGACAGGCGGGACAGCGUCCUUGACCCGGCCUACAGCAAAGCGGGAUGCUGCCCCGGCCGCCGAGAGGAGCAGGACCUGAGCAACGGACCUCAGCGUGCGGUGGGCUUCCGCAGUCGAGCUCUAAGGAACAGGCAAAUAGAUCAUCAGCAUGAGGGGUAUGUGUCCCUGAAACAUCACAUGGAGAGAAAAUUCCAAGAACUGGAAGGAGAACUUGCUUGUCAGAAACAGGUGAAGCUGCUGACCAGAGAACUGGAGAGAGAAACUGGAACGCAAACACCAGAAUCACUGCAAACAGCGGAAAUGUUUGAUUUGAGACUGGAGAAAGAAAACCAGUUCAACGAUUUUGUUGCUCUGAAAGAUGCUUGGCGUGAAGAACUAGCUCAUGCUGCCAAGGAAGAGGAUGCAAUGCCAGCUUCAGUGAAAAAAGCUCAAGUCAAACAAUUAAAAAAGUUGAAGCAGCAGAUUAGAGAACUGCAGAUGAGACAUAAAAGUCUGGAAAUUGAGCUAUGCAGAAGAGAAUGGAGUCACAGUGCUUGUUUAAGAGAGAAAGAUGCUCUUAUUAGAAAGUAUAAACAACAACUGGCUCUAGCAGCUGAGCAAGAAUGGAUUCUGGAACAGAGCAAAAUGCAAGCAGAACUGGACUGGCAGCAGCCCUGUGAGAAUGCUGAAAGUAAUUGGUGUCAGAAAUCAGAGGAUCUAACACAAAGCCAGGUUGAAGCUGAUCUACAGAAAACAGACUACAGGUUGCAUGAAGUAAAGACUGCUCUUUCUGCUUUGACUGUUGAGAGAGAACAGGCAAUACAAGCAUCGUUUCAUCAGUGUAUUUUACCUGAAGGGGAGAAACAGGUAUUUCAGUAUGAUGGUAAAAGUUCUCUGAGCAAAGAUAUUCCUACCUUGGAAAUAAAAAAGCUGCAGGAGCAGAAUGCUAACCUUCGGGCUGCUAUUGCACAAAUGAGGAAAGAAAUGGAGAGUCUUGAUGAGUUGUCCUCUCUUCCUCUGACAGAAAACAGACAGCUUGCAGAGCAAGGUUCAUUGUGCACAAACAACAUUUCAACUGGAACCACUUUGAGCAAUAUCAGAGUCGGCUCAACUAACUUGGAAUGUAUAGUAAACCCAGACACAGAAAAAGGGCCAAAAUCCAAUGUCCUUGAAGAAAAGGUGGUAGAUCUUGGACAACAGUUACCUGAUGUAGGUCCUAGUGUUGGUCUUCAGUAUGGUGUCAGCUGCACUCUACAAGGAAUGAAAAAUAAACUGAAGGAAGCAGCAAGAAAAAUCUCAAUUCUGAGCCAAGAGAAGCAGCAGCUGAUUGAAAUGGGAAACAGACUCAGGGCAGAAGUUGGAAUGCUAUUAAAGGAAGGGCUUUGGCAUCCUGUUAGCUCUCAGCACUGCACACUUUGUAUUGCCUCUGGUAGUCUUUUUCCAAGAGAGCUUGUCAAAAGAACACAGUGUCAGCUAUCAGCUUUAAAGCAGCUACAGCACAGGCUUACAACACAGGAGCUGCAGUAUGCAGAGCAACAUCAUCCCUCAAGGAUCUCUUCUCUAAUUGCCUGCCCUGGCUUAAAGGAAGAAGCAGCUCCAAGCAGCUGUGAGAAAGAAACAGAGUUAUCAUCCGCUGAGGGUCAGCUGUAUUUCCCUAUUGAAGAUCAUGGUCCAGAGCAACGAAAGGCAGAUGCAUCAUCAAAGAUCAUUCAAAGGCAGCCAUUCAGGCAGAAUCCUGGUCAAGCUCAGCAGGUCUGUCUUUCUUCAUCUAGAGCACAUAAUUUCUGCCAAGGUAUUUGGCAAACCUCAGAAAUGGAAUUGAGCACUUCUAUUUUCAGUCCUCAAGAGAACACUGACCAAGCAGUGGAGUUUGAAGUUAUACGUUCAACUGAGCAAUCUGAAGAAUCUCAGCAAAAUAUCAAAGCCGAGAAUAAACUCGAAAUGCCAGGUGCAGAUUUGACAGUCAGAGGAACCAGGCUGGAAGUUCAGCAGAAGUUAAAACCCAGGAAUUUAUCUUUUGCUCAUCCCAUAAAACCAAAAAUCUCUUCUACCAUGGCAAAAAUCCGCAACUAUAAUAUUAAAGACUGAUUUCUUUCUUGGCAGCAAG